AUGAUGGGCGUGAAUGAUGUAUGCCGAGGAAUCCCAAAAGUCGAGCUCCAUUGUCACCUCUUUGGAACAAUCCAGAAGGAUACAUUCAUUGACCUCAAUGACGAAGCCGGAAAGCCAUUCACUGAUACUGACAUCGCCGAGUUCUACACGAGAGGUGAGAAGCCCGUCGGAGUGUUAAGAAUAUUUAGAGGGAUGGACGAACACUUAAUUCGAAGGCUGUCUCAUUUGUACCGCUUAACCAUUGAAUACCUCAGAUCUGUAGCGAGCCACAAUGUUGUUUACUGUGAAUUUUUCUGGAACCCGACGGGAACUGUGCAUGUAUCUGGGAUUCCCUACCUAAAGGCUCAAAGUGCCAUCACCGCAGCAAUUGAAGAUGCUCAAAAGGACUACGGCAUUCAAAGUAGAUUGAUAGUUUCUAUCGACAGAGAGGCUCCACCGCUUCAGGCCGAGGAAAUGGUUAAUUGGAUGAUCAAAUACAGAAGCCCACUUGUAGUUGGCAUUGGCAUAGAUUAUAGAGAGAAUGAGGGACCCCCACAACUAUUCAAAAAAGCCUAUUUGGAAGCUAUCAAUGCUGGCUUCAAGGCGACCGCCCACGCUGGUGAGUUUGGAUGCCCUUCAUCACAUAUUGCAACAGCACUCAAUGAUUUGAGAGUCCACAGAGUCGACCACGGCUAUACAGUGCUAGAGGAUCCCGACUUAAUCGCUACAUGUAUCGAAAAAGACAUCAUAUUCACUGUGGUUCCCACAAACUCUUACUACUUGAGGACCCUUGAUCCCAAAGAAUGGGCUCAAAGGCACCCUAUUAGGUUCAUGAAGAAGGCGGGCCUCAAAAUCUUUCCGAACACAGACGACCCAGCGUUUCAUCAAGUGACACCAACCCGAGCGUGGGCAAUGAUGGUAGAGUGCUUUGACUACGACUACGACGAUUUACUCGAGUUUGCAUUGAAUGGAGUCGAUGCCUGUUUUUUGGACGAUAUGGGAACGUUAGCCAUGUGGAAAGCACAAAUUGUGGAUUACUUCGAUCGUCUUGGGAUUGAGGCAAGGGAAUAUUUAAAGUAG